AUCGUAGCGUUUGAUUUGAAUUCUAAAGAGUCUUGUUAGGCCAAGAGAAGGCCGUCAUUGUAUGUAAAUAGUUAUAUAAGAGCAUAUGACUGCUACAGUGCAGGGCAGUGGCUAGUGUCAGGGAAUUCAUUUGCAAUUUUCAAAGGCAUGGUGUUCUAGUAAACCAAGCCAUUGAGUAAAAAAGCUUACUAUACUGAUUGUAAUCCACCCUUUUCUCGACGUGUUGGGGCACCACUUCAACAGAAGACCUGGAACCGAAAAUGAAUUGGGCGUCCUUUUAUGCCGUUAUAAGCGGUGUAAAUAGGCACUCCACAGGUAUUGGCCGCAUUUGGCUCUCCGUCCUCUUCCUCUUCCGCCUCUUGGUGCUGGUCGUGGCGGCAGAGAGCGCCUGGGGAGAUGAGAAGUCCGGCUUCACCUGCAACACUGAGCAGCCGGGCUGCAACAGCGUCUGCUAUGACCACUUCUUCCCCAUCUCCCACAUCCGGCUGUGGGCCCUGCAGCUCAUCCUGGUGUCGACCCCCGCCCUUCUGGUGGCCAUGCAUGUGGCCCACCGCCGUCACAUCGACAAGAAGAUGCUUAAGAUCUCUGGACGGGGAAGUCCCAAAGAUCUGGAACAGAUCAAGAACCAGAAGUUCAAGAUCACCGGGGCCCUCUGGUGGACAUACAUGAUUAGCUUGUUCUUUCGUGUGUUCUUCGAAGCCGCUUUCAUGUACAUAUUCUACAUGAUCUACCCAGGCUAUAAGAUGUUCCGACUGGUCAAGUGCGACUCCUACCCCUGUCCUAACACGGUGGACUGCUUCGUGUCCCGACCUACAGAGAAGACUAUCUUCACAGUCUUCAUGCUUGCCGUGUCAGGGGUGUGCAUCCUGCUCAACAUCGCAGAGGGAAUAUUCUUGGUAGGGAGAGCCUGCAGUCGGCAUUUUCGCGAUGCUCAGGAUUCACCCAUCGGAGCUUUGUUCAUGCAAAAGCUUUUCUCAUAUUAGACAAUUAGUCCAUCUGACUAACCAAGUUUAACUUCCAUUUUUCAUUAGUCAAAACUGAAAAUAUAGAUAAUAUCAAUCUUAUUCAUUAUUUUUGCCUCACUGGAGCAUGGUGAAAAUUUGCAUUACCAUGGAUUUUUUACAACAAACUGUGGAUGAUAAUUUAUGUAGUAGAGCAUUAAUAGAUGCGCAAGUAUUUUAAGACUUACAAUAGCCAUUUCCUUCAAAGGAAACAGGCAGCAGUGCUAAGGACAUUUUCCCCUGGACAUCGUGGGGAAUAUUGAAUUAAAUGGCACUUGAUAAUAAUUUUGGAAGAAGCUACAGAAGUACAUAAAUGGUGAACAAAAUGAACAACUCAUUCACUGUAAUAGUUUGUGUGGCAUGACUGGACAUUAAAUCUGUUAAUUAGAGGAGAAACAAACAAACACAAUGGUGACUAACAGCAAAAGUGGUGGAGUCAGUGGCAUUAAUGCCAGACUUAAAAGUAAAAGUUUUGGACAGUUAACCAAGUUUUGAACGCAAAAUAUUCUACACACUUAUCAGGCAUCUUCUCUCCCACAUUAAACAUUUCACGCUUCCAACUCAUUCCCAUCGUUAGCUAAUUCAUUGCUUGAAUACAUCAUCUCAAGCUUUAACAUAUAUUUACAUAUAUACACACACACUUUUAUCCUAAUAGUGGAAAAUUCCAAAUAAAAAGCAGAAGGUACUUCAGAGGUUAAUAUAUCUAUUAUAAUGUUCAUUUGUCAGUUUCUAACAUGCAGCUAAAAAUAAUGGUUUGUGUGUAUUUGUCCAAUAUUUUAAAACAUGAAAUGGUGCAACUGCAAUAUGUACUGAUUCUUUUACACUGAUGGUCUUGAUAGUUGAGAUUACCAAUUAUGUCUGUGACUUUGAUCUCAAAUAUAUUUCAAAUAAUGUCUUUGCAAUGUUUAGGAUGAAAUAUUUAUAUGAAAGGGGAGGGGAGAGUUAAACUGCAUUACUAUAUGAACUAUAUUUUCAGUAAUAUAUAACUUGCUACGGUGCAGAACGUUUGGAGAAAUACAUAUUAUGGCACAGAAACGUAAAGAUAUCUAUUAUACGUUUGUCUUCACCAUGUAAUCUAUAGCUCAUAUACCCCAAAAUAGCAGGAAAAUAGCUGACAGAAAAAUCAUACCUUUUAUUCAACAGAUUUCAGGACUAUUAUUAUUAUUAUGUUUGUGUCACUUCAGAGUUCUAUAUUGAGUUAAAUAUUAUAUAUUUAAAGCAUUUUUGACCAAAAAUCAACAAACGUAUGUUUUAUAUAUUUUGACUGCAGUCAGAUGACCAAUUGAUAAACAAGCAAUAUUAUAUUAUAGUGAUAACAUUUGAAGGGGUUUAUAUAAGUUACUCUGGAUUUUUGGAUAUAAGUUACCUUUACAAUGGCUAAAGUGUGGUUUACCAAAAAAUCUUUGUGAACUGUACUGGUAUGGUCGGGAACAAAUACACUGUCAGAGCAUA